AUGGCGCCCACUCACGUGCCUGGUGAACAGCUGCCGCCGCAGGGGCAGAACCUGUACACCAAUUCGCCAUACCCAAACAUCUACUCUGUUGACCAGUACGAUGCGCAAUCGUGGAACGGUCAGCUCCAACAUGCCGCUCUGGUGCCCGAUAAUUCACAGGCCCAGACGCAGACAUGGCACCACAACACCUACCCGGCCCAGCCAUACAGCCAAAUAAACUCGCCGUAUGGGAAUCAGGGUCUGACAAACCGGACCGCCUCACCAUACCAAUACGGCCAGUUUGGUAGUCAUAACGCUCCCGCAAGCUAUGGGCACGCGGCAAACGUCGACCCCUCGUUGAGCGUCAACCCAAAUGUAAUGCGCCAACAACCACAAUCGCCGUAUCAACCGCAGCCACAAGGUCGACCGAACAUCGUAACACCGCAGUCUCUGCAGCACGGGCAAGACCCACGUGCGGCAACCUCUUACCAAGUACCUAAAUCAACAGCAGAGACAUUUGUCCAGCGUCCUGUUCAAACACCAUUUGUUCAGCCCAUAGCUGUCCCGGACUACGAAAUUCCAAAGGCCAAAACAUCUGGCUCGUUCUACGUUUUUGAUCAGGCAGCGUUGAUUAAGGCUACAAAGUCAAUUGCUCUGAAUAAAUUCGUGACUUUGGGCACUGAACCUUUCCACCUACCGACCAAUAGAACUGCUCUCCCUAUAUACACACCCCGCCAGUCUGUGAAAGACCUCAAGAAAGUGGGGGCCCACAGCAAGAAGCUGGCUAAAAAGGCUCCGACCAAACAGUUGUCUGCUGGAAGAGUACUCAAACGGGAGUUCAGUGAAAGCGACAGCUACGACGACUCGUCCGACGAUGACAGUGAUUAUUCGGACGAGGAGGAUGAGCCUUCACCUUUACCAGCAACAAAACCAGAGGAACCACAGGGAGCAUUUCGCUAUGACAUCAUCAAAGUGUCUUGGUAUCCUCAUCGAUCUCCGCCAAGUACUGAGAAGAUCAAGACGAGCGUGAGACAAUUGUGGGAAAUCUUCAACACCAUCCAGAACCGCUGGCGCUCGGAUAGCAAACUGUUGAAGGAGGCCGAAGAUCAGAAGAAGACGGGUGAGCUCCCCGUGCUCAAGCGUCGUGUGGCUGAACAGCGUGAUCUGCUGCAGUCUGCCUUGAGGUCCUCGCUGGAAUUUAGUCACCCCGAUGUCGUGUCCUAUCUCGGUCAGGUCAAGCCUUUCCUUUAUCUCUGUUACCUAUUUCUAGCCAAUCGGGUCAAGGUCUUAGAUUACGACGGAGAGUUGACUGCUGCUAUCCUCGAGAUGCUAUCGCGGUGCUCGGGCACCACAACUACUGAAGUGCUUGAGGAAACCAAGCUUUCUAAAGCACUUAACGUUCUCAAGAAGAAAGUGAAUGAUAACCACAAGACACUUAUUCAGAAGAUUGAGGAUGGUGCUGCCGCCGGCUCCAAGAAGGCGAAAGUAGGCUCGCCGCCUGAGGUGGAUGUGACAGCAGAAGCGAAACCUGCUAAGCGACCUGCGCUACAACCUGCGGGCCGCCCAUCCAGCGAGGGCCCUUCGAAAAAAUUAAAGCCCACGGAGCCCACGACCAACGGUGACAAGAAGCCUUCUACCGCUACAGGAGCUUCAAAGGUCGUUCCAGCAACACAACAGAAACGACCUGGUGAUAAACCCAUCCCGGCCCCUGUCCGAACUCAAGGCAUCAAAAUCACGAACAAACCGUCUUCACUUUUUGCCUCACUCAAUGCCGCCGGUAAGAAGCCCAGUGGCGCGGCCGCUUCUACAUCUGCUGCGAAGCCUGUUGUCAAGUCUACAGUAUCAGUUCUCGCAGCAAAGAAGCCUGCUGCAUCUGCUACAAAGCCCACAUUCUCUUUCAAGGACACAAUGGCCGAACUGUUGAAGCCCAAAGAAGAGAAGUCGGCGGCGCCAUCCAAGACGGAGAAACAGUUACCACCAGAGACGCCCGAGGAAAAGGCCAAACGCCUGCGUAAGGAAUCGCGACGUCAUCUGCGGGUGAAGUUUCGUCCCGGUGACGCACUUGUCAGCAUCAAAUAUUUUCAUCACGACCCAGAGGAAGAAACCGGCCAUGAUGAGAACUUUGUCCGGGAUGCUGGGGACAUUGGUGGCGAAGGUCGUAUGUUCAAGCAACACAAGGAGAUGGAUGAUGAAGACGACGAGGAAGAAAAGGAGAUCGAUUACCUCCCUUGGAAGGAACCUUCUCCAGUCGACUUCAGUGUUGUCAGUGAAGGGGAGCGCAAACGGAACUAUGCGCCUUAUGGAGGCGGUGAGCUUCAGCCCACCUGUCCUGAGCGGGAUGCCAAUAUUGCACAUGACAACGCGACAUUGGAGAUCUUCUACUCUCGCCCGGCCGACAUUCCGACCUCACCACGCGAGCCACUGCUCGAGCAAAUGCAACCCUCGGACACACCAGUGGUCACGUUCGGUUCGCCGCCCGACUACGUCCUGAGCAGGCUACCCGAGUCUACGACUUAUGCGCCCACCGCACUGUCGGUCCCGCCUAUCGAUAUGAACAAUAUAACCAAUAUCGUGCAACAGUUGGCGGGGCAAUCGAAUUCGAAUCAGGCCAACUACCUACCAGCACCAGCACCGGCUCCUGCCACUCCUGUUGCUCUCGCGGCACCCACUGCGACACCCGAUAUAAGCAGCAUACUGAGCUUGCUCGGCCAGGGUCAAAGUCAAAAUCCGAUUCAAGCUCCCAUGGUCGCACCUCCGGCGCAACCUGCCGCUCUGCCUCCAAUGGACAUGGCACAAAUAUUGGCCAUGGCCCAACAACUCACGCAGCAAGGCGGCGCAGCUUUUCCGCCGCCUCCGCCGAAUUGGCCUGGGUUUCCUCCCAUGCCGCAACAACAACAACCCGACAUGGCUUCCAUGUACUCGGCCCAGGGCUCGCAGCAACCUAGCCAGCAUGGAAACUCGUCUGGCAAACGGCAACGGUCUGAUGACGGCUCUGAAGCGCAUGGCCGUGACAAGCGCGGCAAGCAUGAGAAAGGUCCAUACAAAGUCAUCCCAUGCAAGUUCUUUGAGAUGGGCAAAUGCAAUAAAGGGGCCAAAUGCACCUUCAUUCACCCACAGCAAUAA